UUUAUAAGGUAUGUUUUAAUUUUUGUACAUUCUUUUACAGACAUAUGGUGAACAAUCAAAAUGACACAAUAUCUACCUCCAAAUUUAUUGGCACUUUUUGCUGCCCGUGACCCUAUUCCAUAUCUCCCCCCUGUUGACAAACUAACAUGGGAAAAGAAAACUGAUGGAUAUUCUGGUGUUGCUAGCCUCAUCCAUAGAUUUGAGGAUCCUGCAAACACACCACCACCCAAGCAUGUUGAGACCCGUGACGAGAGAAUGGAGCGCAAACGCCGCGAGAAAGCUGAACAAAUCCAGUACAAGCUUGAGCAGGAAAUUGCUAUGUGGGAUCCUCACAACAUUCCUGACGCCACCUCUGAUCCUUAUAAAACCUUAUUUGUUGCCAGGAUAAACUAUGAUACUUCCGAGUCAAAGCUCCGCCGAGAAUUUGAGAUCUAUGGUCCAAUUAAGAAAAUCCGCAUGAUUGUCAAUACAACAAACAACAAACCACGAGGCUAUGCGUUCAUUGAGUAUGAACACGAGCGAGACAUGCACUCGGCUUACAAGAACGCCGACGGCCGCAAGAUAGACAACAGGAGAGUGCUCGUUGACGUCGAGCGAGCCCGCACUGUCAAGGGGUGGCUCUCGCGUCGACUUGGGGGAGGCUUGGGUGGCACACGCAGAGGCGGCCCUGAUGUCAACAUCAAGCAUUCAGGCCGAGAGGACGACCGUAAGAGAGGAAAUGAUGACAUGGAUCGUAGCGAGCCUGCGCGUAGCCGUGAUCGUAGUCGCACUCACGAGCGACGCCGUAGCCGCAGUCCCCGCAGCCGUGAUCGUGACCGCGACAGAGAGCGCGACCGCAAAAAGCGAUCACGCAGCAGAGACCGCAAGCGCAGACGGUCAAGGGAGCGCCCUGCUGAGGUUACGGUGGAUGAAGAGGAAACACGCGCUGCUCGUCGUCACCGCAGUCGCUCCCGCGACCGUGAGAGGAAGCAUCGUCGCUCCCGCAGCCGAGAGCGCAAGCACCGCAGGGACAGGGAUCGCGAGCGUGCACCGAAGCUUACUGGUAUCGAGGGUGGAGCGCAGACCGGCGACUUGCCACCCAAGAUCAAACAGGAGCCUGACGACGACUACCCCGACUACAGCAACAGCAACCCUGUCUACAACAACAUUCCUCUCAAGGACGAGGAAGGCAGACCUAAGAAUGGCACCAAAUUCGAAGACGAUGAGGGAAACAAUGAGAUUGACUAUUGAUCGCCAGUAUCCCCUCUAUAAUAUUUCUAUCCAGUUGCACAAUAUUGAAGUUCACAGCGCCUGCCAUCUUGCUUCAAGUAUUGGUUAUCCGAUUGCUCUCAAUUUCGAAUGCCCGAUGAGUUUUGUGAAGAAAAAAAAAAACUUUAAUCUAAUUUUCAUUCAUUAUAAGUAAUUUAUAUGCUCGUGUGUUAAUGUUUAAUCGACUAGAUUUUCAUAUUUACAAAUCUGGUAAUUGGCCACCGUUUUUUUUUUUUAAUCCUGGUGAUUGCAUAAUUGCUUUAAAACUCGUUGGAGAUGUAGCUUGUAUAAAUUGUGUUCAUUUAGCUUCUAAUAUACUUAUCGUUGUGGCAUUAUAACGGUGUCAAAAUAAAGCAGCCGCGUCUUGAAUUGGGAGUAAAAAUAAAUAGGUAUGUUCAAUUUAUAUUUCUCGUGUACAUAGGAUUCAAUUCAAGGCUUUAGUGGGUUCUAGGAGCAAAUUGGUGUCACCACAGCAACAUCACGACAGCAGUUAUUAUAGAAGAAUUUCAUCGCUUCUCCCCGUACAUAUUAGUGUUAGUCUCGAAGCCUAAAUUGAGUCAUCUUUUUUUCAAAAUUUGUUCGAAUAAUGUAUGCAAAAAUGAACAAAUCUUCGCUAAAAGUGUCAAACCCUACCUAAUUCUAAACUUAUUUUCAGGUUCUUAAUUUUUCGAUUUGUCGUUGUCGUCUAAUUCUAAACUUAUUUUCAGGUUCUUAAUUUUUUUAUUUGUCGUCGUCUUAAUUUUGCGAUUUGUCAAAAAAAAAAUUAAUUAUUUCUUGUCCUGGAGUUUGCCGAUGCUCGAGGCUCUUGGAUUUAUCCUGAAAUUUUUUUAGCGACAACACCGACAAUUUUUCUGAGUUCUGCUUUGAAUGUAAUUUUUCUCUUUGUGAUUGAGUCUAGUAGGUUUAUUGUGCAUAUGGAUUUGAUUCUCAUGAAUUGAAUUAUGAGUUCUUAGCGUUGCUAUUACUCGCCAAAAUUAGCACCGCGAUUAGUAUGUUGCUUUCAAAUCAGCAUUGAUGGGGUUUAGUGAAUGUGUUAAUUAUUAGCGCCAUAAUUUAUAAAGACCUUUCUAACUGGGACCGGAUGGCUUGCUAUAUUUUGUGACGAGUGAUCUUAGCAUUACACUCGAGUAAAUUAAAAUUCAACACCCAUUUAUCUUUCAUGCCCGCUGGCCGAGGCCGAGUAGUAGAGUGCAUUUUCCUCAAUCCUAAUAAAGUGGACGAAAGAA